ACUUCGCGGGCAACGUCAUCGGGGCGCCGGAGGCCCGGGGCGCCUGGGAGUUUGAAGCGAACGGGCAGCGCGUGACCAUGGCGGCCGUUGGUGCAGCUUUGGGGCCAUUGGUGACGGGUCUGUACGACGUGCAGGCUUUCAAGUUUGGGGACUUCGUGCUGAAGAGCGGGCUCUCCUCCCCCAUCUACAUCGAUCUGCGGGGCAUCGUGUCUCGACCGCGUCUUCUGAGUCAGGUUGCAGAUACUUUAUUCCAAACUGCCCAAAAUGCAGGGAUCAGUUUUGACACUGUGUGUGGAGUGCCUUAUACAGCUUUGCCAUUGGCUACAGUUAUCUGUUCAACCAAUCAAAUUCCAAUGCUUAUUAGAAGGAAAGAAACAAAGGAUUAUGGAACUAAGCGUCUUGUAGAAGGAACUAUUAAUCCAGGAGAAACCUGUUUAAUCAUUGAAGAUGUUGUCACCAGUGGAUCUAGUGUUUUGGAAACUGUUGAGGUUCUUCAGAAGGAGGGCUUGAAGGUCACUGAUGCCAUAGUGCUGUUGGACAGAGAGCAGGGAGGCAAGGACAAGUUGCAGGCGCACGGGAUCCGCCUCCACUCAGUGUGUACAUUGUCCAAAAUGCUGGAGAUUCUCGAGCAGCAGAAAAAAAUUGAUGCUGAGACAGUUGGGAGAGUGAAGAGGUUUAUUCAGGAGAAUGUCUUUGUGGCAGCGAAUCAUAAUGGUUCUCCCCUUUCUAUAAAGGAAGCACCCAAAGAACUCAGCUUCAGUGCACGUGCAGAGCUGCCCAGGAUCCACCCAGUUGCAUCAAAGCUUCUCAGGCUUAUGCAAAAGAAGGAGACCAAUCUGUGUCUAUCUGCUGAUGUUUCAGAGGCCAGAGAGCUCUUGCAGCUAGCAGAUGCUUUAGGACCUAGUAUCUGCAUGCUCAAGACUCAUGUAGAUAUUUUGAAUGAUUUUACUCUGGAUGUGAUGAAGGAGUUGAUAACUCUGGCAAAACGCCAUGAGUUCUUGAUAUUUGAAGACCGGAAGUUUGCAGAUAUAGGAAACACAGUGAAAAAGCAGUAUGAAGGAGGUGUCUUUAAAAUAGCUUCCUGGGCAGAUCUAGUAAAUGCUCACGUGGUGCCAGGCUCAGGAGUUGUGAAAGGCCUGCAAGAAGUGGGCCUGCCUUUGCAUCGGGGGUGCCUCCUUAUUGCGGAAAUGAGCUCCACCGGUUCCCUGGCCACUGGGGACUACACUAGAGCAGCGGUUAGAAUGGCUGAGGAGCACUCUGAAUUUGUUGUUGGUUUUAUUUCUGGCUCCCGAGUAAGCAUGAAACCAGAAUUUCUUCACUUGACUCCAGGAGUUCAGUUGGAAGCAGGAGGAGAUAAUCUUGGCCAACAGUACAAUAGCCCACAAGAAGUUAUUGGCAAACGAGGUUCCGAUAUCAUCAUUGUAGGUCGCGGCAUAAUCUCGGCAGCUGAUUGUCUGGAAGCAGCGGAGAUGUACAGAAAAGCUGCUUGGGAAGCAUAUUUGAGUAGACUUGGUGUUUGAGUGCUUCAGAUACAUUUUUGUGAAGACGUUGAAGAUACAUGGUCCCCCUGAAAGUGACUGGUUGGAAAUAAUCCAAUUAUUCCUGCUUGGAUUCUUCCACAGGGCCUGUGUAAGAAUGGGUUCUGGAGUUCUCAUGGUCUUUAGGAAAUAUUGAGUAAUUUGUUAUCACUGCAUUGAUACUAUGAUAAGUUCAUUCUUAAGCUUGCUUUUUUUGAGACUGGUGUUUGUUAGACAGCCACAGUCCUGUCUGGGUUAGGGUCUUCCACAUUUGAGGAUCCUUCCUAUCUCUCCUUGGGACUAGACUGCUUUGUUAUUCUUUUAUUUAUUUAUUUAUUUAUUUUGAGACAGGAUCUCGCUCUGUUACCCAGGAUGGAGUGCAGUGGUGAGAUCACAGCUCAUUGCAGCCUCGACCUCCUAGGGUGAUCCUCCCACCUCAGCUUCCAGAUUAGCUGGUGCUAUAGGCAUGCACCACCACGUCCAGCUAAACUUCUUUAUUAUUUAUAGAGAUGAGAUCUUGCCAUGUUACCCAGGCUGGUAUCAACUCCUGGGCUCAAGCGAUCCUCCUGCCUCAGUCUCUCAAAGUGCUGGGAUUACAGGUGUGAGCCACUGUGCCCAGCCUAAUUGCAGUAAGACAAAAAUUCUAGGGCACCAGGAGGCUAAAGUCAGCACAGCUUUUCUUGUGUCCUGUAUUCUCUGUCUCAUGUGUUGCCCAAAUAAUAUCUAAUUGUUAGCCAUUCUCCUCCAUCUCUGGCCUAAAAGUGACAGUCCAGGUAUCCACAUGGGCUGGUUCCUAGAACUGCCAUUGCUCACUCUCCAAAGAGGGGAAGGUGGGGAAGGUGGGGAAGGUGGGGAAGGUGGGGAAGGUGGGGAAGGGGAAGGUGACUAUAGCUCAGCUCCUGAGCUAGUAUCUGGCUGUAUUUCAACAACUGGAGUUGGGAUUUGGGCUCAUUUUUUCCCCUAGCCAGCAAUUAUGGACCAGUGGUAACACAAGUGACAGUGACUGACUUCACAAUUAGGAGGUCUAAGGUUCCAUUUGGGCAUUUGCUUAAGGAUCCCACAUAAUUGUCCCAACUGUCAUUAGUAGAGGGGAGGUAAGCCUUCAUUAAUAAUAAAGAGAAAGCGCACAUUCAA